AUGGGCAGACCCACCCAAUUCCUUGGAAACGGCAAGGCCAUCACUUUUUUACCAGCGCGCAAACUUCAUUUCCCCCAGAACCAACGUGCAACCAACUCUUCAGCAGGUCGUCUGUCCGCACGCAUUAUGCCAACUAUCGAAGAAAUAGAUGACGCUGUACAUGUCCAUUUAGGUUUCUCUAUUCCGAUAGCGAACGACGAGCAGCUACGGCAGGUGGGCCAUCGAUCGGCUGACUACUCCUGCUGGGAUGGAGGACAACUUGGGGGGCGACCAUCAUGGCUCGAGCCCCAGCACCUUCCGGCAUCAGUCACUUGUCGCUGUUGUCAGAAUACGAUGCGCUUCAUCGCGCAAAUAUACGCACCCAUUGACGAUUUACCAACACUGGAUGCAAGCCACCAACAAUGGUGCGGAUCGGCAGAUCGUGCCUUUCAUCGAUCACUUUACGUCUUUGCCUGUUCCUCCUGUCCCACACCGAACACUGGCGCCAUUCGAGUCCUGCGAGCCCAGUUACCUCGAGAGAAUCCGUACUAUCCAGCAGAAGAAGAAAACGACGUAGAGGACACGGAUUGGAAUGCGCAUUUACCGGAAACGUACGGCAAACACCUUUGUGCAGUGUGUGGAUUGGCCGGCGCAAAAAGAUGUCCGCUCCAAAAUCUUUUCUUCUGCAACAAAAACCAUCAAAGAGAGCACAAGACUCACGUUUUUGAUGCCGAGAAAAUGGGAGAGGAUGUACAUUCGCUACCGUCGUUGUAUCCUCUUUCCGAACUCGUCGUCGAAGAAGAACCCGAUGCGUUGGUAGAGCAAUCCGAUCACAGUUCUGGCACCGACAUGCCCUCCUUGCUUCGAAACAAAAAAGAGGAUGGUGCAGAUGACAAAAGCGAUUCCGACGAGGAUAUAGAACAAAAUGACUUGAACGCCAUGACGGGAGCCAGGCAGCCAGAUGAAUCGCAAAAUCCGACUACCCAAGCCUUUUACGAUCGGAUAAAAUCCCGUCCCAACGUGGCCGAUCAAUGUCUACGGUACGAGCGAUGGAAUGAUCACGGUGAUGGAAGUUCGCCCCUGUGGAUUCGGCAGGGCGAGCGGCCCGGGACUAUUCCACCGUGUGCCCGGUGCCAAGCGCCGCGAAAGUUUGAAUUUCAGCUCAUGCCACAACUGUUGCAUUUUCUGUUGAGCAAUAGCACGACGUCGAAGUCGACAGCAUCUGAACGAUACGCUCACGUGAAGCAGGCGUUGGAAGAGGCUGACUCGUUGGUUCGCCAGGCACCACCCGAGCAGAUCCCGCCUUCACUUGUGGAUGCACAAAAGGCAGCGUUGUCACGGAUUCAAAACGAUUUACUCGGAUCGGACGGAGAGCAACGGGUUCUGGAUUGGGGGGUCGUGGCAGUGUACACGUGCACAAAUUCGUGUGGAGAAUUAAGGGAUGAAAUUGGGGAGGAUUGUCUCGGUGCAUAUCGAGAAGAAUUUGCCUGGAGACAGACUUCGUUGGAUGCUUAG